UCGUUUGUUUCGUGCCAGCUCUAGCUACACGCAUAAAUUUCUUGCGAAAAAUUAGAAAAAGAGCAAUAAAAGUUGGCAAAAAACAUAGCCAGUAUAGUUUUGCAACUAGAUAAAUAGUUACAUUGUGUGAAUGCACCUAUUAACAAGGCGAAAUUAGUGCUUUUCUCACUGCAUUCUAAAGUCGCUUCGCACUCUCACACUCACACACACACGCGGUGAGUGUUUGUGUUUGUGUGUGUAUGUUGUGUGUAUAGACGACAAUUUAGUUGCGUGGUGCCGGGUUACAGUUAAAUAUUACUGCAUUUUGUUGAUUAGCGAGCGCGCGCAUCAAUUGUGGCAUGAAAUAAAAACAACACCAAUUUUUUGGCCCAGUUAAAACCAAGUAACGCCAGGAAGUGCAAUUGCGUUCAUCUCAAAAUGAUGUUCACGGGCACUAAUCAGCAACAGGACACGCGCUUCAGCGACAAGGAAAAGAAGCUGAUGAAGCAAAUGAAAUUUGGGGAUUGCCUCAAUAAGCGUGUGGACAUGUCCAAAGUCAAGUUGGAUGUGUUGCGACCAUGGAUAAGUAAAAAGAUAACCGAUAUUCUGCACAUUGAGGACGAUGUUGUCGUUGAGUUUGUCUACAAUCAGCUGGAGGAGGAGAAAUAUCCCUGCCCAAAGAAGAUGCAAAUCAAUAUGACCGGCUUCCUCAAUGGUCGCAAUGCGCGCCAAUUUAUGGGUGAACUCUGGGCGCUGCUGCUCUCCGCCCAAGAGAGCGAUAGCGGCAUACCCGCUGAAUUUAUACAGCAGAAGAAGGACGAGAUACUCAAGCGCGAGGAGGAGCAAAAGCAGCGACAGCAGCGUCAACGUGACUUAUCACGUUCCCGCUCACGCUCCCAAUCACGAGUGCGCGACAAACAGCGACGCCACGACAGAUCCAAGUCACGUUCACGCUCCCGUUCCCGCUCUGCCGCUCCCAAAGUGGCAGCCACGGCCAACAACGGCAGCAGCACUGCAGCGCCCAUCAACAGCGCUGCUCGCGAGGCAGCUGCCAAUGCUGCGGCGCGUCUAAGGAAACGAGGUGCCGGCUCACCAAGCUCGGCAGGUGGUGCCGGGACAGCAGCUGCUGCUGCACCGUCGACGGCAGGCGGACGCGCUGCGUCCAGAGAACGCCGCUCAAGUCGUCGACGCACACGUUCCCGUUCGCGCUCACCACGCUCAGCUCAGCGACCGGCCUCAACGGAUGCCCAUCAGAGUGGCGCUCCGAAGACUUUAAAUGGACGUCACUCUGUAAAGAAGUCGUCGCCAGCUGUGGCGUCCAAAUCCAAAUCAAAGGCCAAAUCGCGCUCACGUUCACGCUCGCGUUCCACACGCACUCGCUCCAGAUCCCGCAGCGGAGGCAAAGCUUCGCCAGCGGCGCGUUCCCGUUCGCGCAGUUCAUCCCGCUCCUCGGCUCGCAGCAAUCGUCGUCGACGUAGUUCGCGUUCGCGGGCAAGCAGCAUCUCAUUGUCACCGGAGCGUCAGCAGGAUCAGCACUUUGAGCAUCGCCGCAAUAAGAACAGCGUGCAGAACAAGCGACAAUAUCGCAAUAAUCGUGAUGGUUCCGCCAGCUCAAUGGAGCGUGGCGAUGGCCGUGCCAGACAAUUCGGUGGCGGCGGACGACGACCGCCUCCUCAUGGCAGACGCUUCUCGCCACGCGGACGGAGUCCCAUGCGCCAAGAUAACGGCGGAGGUGGGGGACGCUUUCAACGCUCCAAUUCGCGUCGACGUUCGCGUUCCCGCAUGCUCUCCAGAUCGCCCAUGCGCUACUCCAGAUCACCCAGGCGAUUCAAUAAUCGUCGACGUUCUCCGCCCAUGCAUUUUCGGGGUGGUGGUGGUGGAGGAGGAGGAGGAGGAGGUGGUGGCGGUCGUGGAGGGGGACGCGGUGGCAACAAUCGGAACAUGUGGCAGCAGCAACAGCAUCGCGGAGUCAGCCCCAAUCAGCGAGGUGGUGGACGCAUUCACUGGCAGGCCAGACACAACAGUCCCAAUGGUGGAAGACGCUUCGAUCGUCGCCAGUCUCCUCCGGGUGGUGGCCAGCCUCGCUAUUCGCGUGAUCGUCGCCAAUCGCCGGGUCCGGGUGGUCAACAGCAGGGACAGGGACAGUUCCGUAAACAGUUCUCACCCGCACGCCGCUUUGAUCGUCGUGGUUCGCCGCAACCCAACUUUAAUCGCUGGGAUCAACCGCAUCCCGAACCGCGUCAACCCAUUGCUGGCCUACGCAAUCAGCAGCCGCAACGCAUGGCACGCUCCAGUUCCGGCAGCGCCAGUCCGGUGCCACGACGUCAGCAGCAGCAGCGCAGCGUCAGUCCAAUGCCCAGACGUCGCAGUCGUAGUCGCAGCCGCUCCAGUGCACGACCAGCAAAGCGUAGUCGCAGUCGCAGUCGUAGUCGUAGCCAGCGAAGUCGCAGUCGCUCCACUUCGCGGAAAACGCAACCACAACAGCGCCGGCGCCCAAGUCCCGCUGCAGCGCGUCGCUCCGUCGAGUUUGCUGGUCCGGCUGUCAAUACCAUUGAUCUCUGUCGGGAAGAGCCGCCAGUGCAGCCGCCGUCACAGCAGCAGCCGGUGCGCAAAUUCGAGACUCAUCCGGCGCCGCAGCCGCUGUCGCAGUCGCAAUCGCAAUCACAUGCGGCGCCGCAGUCGCAGCCGAAGCAGAAAUCGCAGUCAGUGCACCGCAGUCUUGCCAGCCUGUCGCGUACUCCGUCGCCGUUCCUUAAGUCGCACGAGCGCAGCGUCGCUGCCGCAGCACCAAAGAAAGCUCGGGACAACAGUCAAAGCAGCAGCUCUGAUAGCAGCGCUGAUGACAGCGAUGACAGUGACGAUGAGGAUCAGCAGCAGCAGCAGUUGCAACAACAACAGCAGAAGCAAAAGCGUCAACACAACCGUCGCUCGGCGCCAGCCGCAAAAAGUUUAAAGUCAAAAUCUACGGCAACGGAAAUUAACAAGUCCGGCAAGGGAAAACCGUCACGCAGCUCCGGCAGCAGCAGCAGCAGCAGCGAGCACAGCGAUGAUGACAGCAGCGAUGAAAGGCAUAAGAAGAAGUCGACGCAACAGAAACGUAAAGAGGACACGACGACGACGAUUGUCAGCAAAAGCGAGAAGGACAAGCGACGCAGCGGACAAGGGGACAAGGGGAAACUGCAGCGCAGCACGUCCAGCGCUGAGGUGCCAACGGAGGAGAAGGGCAAAAGCUUGGACAGAAGCCGCAAGCGCAGUCAUAAUAAAAAGUCCAAAAGGGAUGGCAGCGCUGCUGUUGAUGCUGCAAGUGAUUCGGAAGAUGAGCGUCUGCCCAAAAAGAAACGCAAAAAGUCCAAGAAGGCAGCGGACACCACGGAGAGUGAUUCAGCAUCGGAGGCUGAUUCCUCGUCCAAGAAGAAGAAACACAAGAAACAUAAGAAGCACAGCAAGAAGAGCAAAAAGCAUAAGAAGCAUAAGCGAAAGAGCAGCAGCAGCAACAAACAUCGCCAGGAGAGCAGCUCCCAGUGCAGCAGCGAUGAUGACGAUGAAGAGAUUUCCACGACAGCGACGUCGGCGGGAAAGCGAAAUGGAAAAUUACCAUUGCUGCUAACCGGAGGACCCGGGAUCAAUGAGGAUUUAGAGAAGCAAUUGCGAGAGCGUGCUCUUAAAUCCAUGAAAAAGUUGGACUGAACAACAAUUAAAAACAGCUACAAUAACUGACUAAAGUAAAAAGAGAAUAAACGUUAACACAAUGCGACCCCUCAUAAACAUACAUACAUAAAUCAAUAUGCAUAUAACUGACCGACAGACGAGACAGACGACAGACAGGCCGACAUGUGUAGCCAUUUAAUUACUAACGUAACAUUCAUAUUUGCAUACAUUAAUUAAUAUUUCUAACAAUUUAUUUCAUACGGUUAAGUCUCAUUGCGCGUCAAAACUAUUAUAAAAAAAACAAAAAAAUCUGUGCAUGAUAAAUGCAAUUUGUAUUAUGUACAAAAACAAGAAAUUUUUCCCAAACAUUAUAACUACAAAUAAAAAGCACAAGUGCUUUUAUCAAAAACACAAAAAAAAAAACCCCAAGAAAAAGAAGAAAAAUACAUAAAAGAAAACCAAAAGUUUGGUAAUUUGCUUGUUGCCACGAAUUAGUUGGCAACAAUGUUUGCUUAGAACACUACCGUUUAAUGUCUAAGUAGGUUUUACAGAUUGUAAUUAAUAAUAUCUUAAACGAGAAUUGUGUGCGUUUGAGAGCAUUGAUUAUAAAAAUAUAUAUAAAAAGAAAAAUAAACAAUUGUAAAAGAAA